AUGGUCUCUGCGACGGCUGACAGCUCCGACUUUGUGAGUCGCUUCCACGCGCUGUACAAGGCCAACGCCGUCUCGAGCGUGUCGACGCUGUCCCAUCCCAAGGUACUCGCGCAGCUCGCGCCCUUUAAGCUCUCAUGGGACAGCCUUCCGACGCUACUGCAGCAAGCAAUGCUCUGGGAUCUCGGCCUCGUCAUCGCCACCGUCAACGGCGCUGAGAAGCUCGUGCAAGUCUAUCCGCUCUGUUCGGCGUCGAUGGACAACCUCUUCUUUCCGCCGGCGACGUUUCUCUCACUGGAAGGCACAUCGCCGCAGAUCUGUCCGUCCGCUGCGUACACCAACUACACGCGACAGUACGUCGCGUCGGGCCCGGGCCUCACGCCCGCGAUCCGCU